AUGGAGGAUCGUCGCACGAAGCAGCAACUGAGAUCGCGGAGAGAAACCAUGGUAGCGUCGCUCGGCCGAGCGGACCAGUUCAUGACGCAGUACGACGAGGAACGGGACAAGCUCGAGGUCGCUGUAAGGCUGCAGCAUUUGGAUGGUAUUUGCAAUGGGAUGGAGGAAAUACAAGUGGCAUUAGAAGACAUGGCAGACAACGAACAAGAACGGGUGAGAAAUAUGGAAAUUCGCUCUGAGUUUGAAACACUAUUCUUCCGAAUAAAAGCCUUUCUGCAAUCCAAACUUCCUCCUCCUAUUGAUGUACUAGACAACCUCCCUCGUAACGCUGCACCUUCCACUCUAAAGGGUUUGAAGCUUCCGACGAUUUCUUUACCUGAGUUCUCUGGAGAUUACAAAGACUGGCUUGCGUUUCAUGACACCUUUGAGGCCCUGAUUCACAACAAUUCUGAGGUCGUUGAAGUCCAGAAAUUUCACUACCUAAAAGCUGCUUUGAAGGGAGAGGCCGCCCAACUGAUCGAAUCAAUUGGGAUCAGUUCGGCGAAUUAUCGCUUGGCUUGGGAAGCACUCGUCAACAGAUAUGCGAAUGAAUAUCUUCUGAAAAAAUCUCAUUUGCAAGCUUUGUUUGAGUCGCCAAAGAUGCAAAUUGAAUCAGCUUCUUCUUUGCAUGGGAUUGUGGACGAAUUUGAGCGUCACGUAAAGAUACUGGAGCAACUUGGGGAGCCUAUUAGUGCUUGGAGUUCGAUGCUGGAGCACCUCUUAUGUACACGUUUGCAUGAUGACACCCUUAAGGUUUGGGAAGAUCAUGCUUCAACAUUGACGAAACCAACCUACACAUGUUUAAUAGAUUUCCUCCAGCGUCGUAUGAGAGUCUUGGAGUCCAUCUCAGUUAACCAUCAGCUCAUAACGGAGUCAUCUUCCACUUCCCACAAUUGCCACAUAAACAAGAAAUCAGCUCAUUCCAAUUAUUAUUCUCAUGCUGCAGUUGAAAACCAGUCCGCCAAAUGUUACGCUUGUGAUCAGCAUCAUCCGCUUAUAAAAUGCUGGAAGUUCAGCAAAAUGCCCAUCGCUGAAAAAAUGAAGGUGGUUAACGCGAAACGUCUGUGUCUGAAUUGUUUUCGUUCGGAUCAUUUUUCACGAAAUUGUUCAUCAAAAUAUUCCUGCAAAAUAUGUAAGAAACGUCAUCAUUCACUGCUACAUUCAGCAUUCAGCACCAAUGUAAACAGAUCAGCAGCCGAUCAGAAUCCAUCUCCAUCCACCCGUGUUCCCAGUAUGCCUGUUCAAGUGAAUGUUACACCCUGCGAAAAUCCUGCUCGUUCAACUCCAUCAGCCGUUGAUCCGUGUGAGGUAGAAUAUAGUUUCCCGUUGCAUGAGCGCAGUAAAAAUACUUUUAUGUUAACCGCUUUACUGAUUGUCGUAGACUGCUACGGAAAUGAGCACUUAGCCAGAGCACUUCUCGAUUGCGGUUCCCAACCCAACAUAAUAUCGGAGCGAAUGGCUCAAUUACUUCGAUUGAGAAGAAAACGAGUAAACGUGUCGAUCCAUGGUGUCGGAAAUAAACCCCAGUAUGCUACAGAAUCUGUGUUCACAGAAAUCCGUUCAAGAAAAGAGAACUUCGCACUCAAUGUAGAUUUCCUAGUGCUGAAUAACAUUAUGCCCCAGUUGCCGGCUCAAGAUAUUCCUAUUGAGCAUUGGAAACUUCCCAAAAAAUUAUUCCUCGCUGACCCCAAUUUCAACAAGUCGUCUGGAAUUGAUAUGCUCAUUGGAAACGCGCACUUCUUCUCCUGUCUCAAGACUUCAGCAAAUAUUCAACUUCCUAAACCGCUCCCAUUGCUAGUAGAUAGUGUGUUCGGCUGGCUGGUCUCAGGCACAGCGGAUAUAACCCGACCCGAUAAUGGAACCUCAUCAUGCACUGUAACCACCGUUUCGUUAGUAGCACUUGAGGACAGUUUAGAACGUUUCUGGAAAAUUGAAGACCUGCCAGACCAGCCAAAUUACUCAAUGGAAGAGAAGCAAUGCGAGGAGUUAUACUCCGCUACCGUUAUGAGAAACGAGACAGGAAGAUACGUAGUACGUCUCCCUCGUCGCCCGAAUUUUGAGAAAAUAGUAGGAGAGUCCAAAAAUUGUGCCUUUCGUAGAUAUUUGCUACUGGAGAAACGAUUGGAGCGUGAUCCAGCGUUGAAAGAUGAAUAUCGAAAAUUCAUUGAAGAAUACAUAGAGCUUGGCCAAAUGAAGGCGGUGUUGCCUACCGAACCCCAACAUUACAAAGGUUGUUUCCUCCCUCACCAUCCCGUAAUGAAAGAAUCGAGCGCUACCACGAAGGUCCGCGUAGUGUUCGAUGCAUCCGCUAGAACUUCCACCGGCCAUUCCCUGAACGAUGGCUUAUUGGUAGGACCAGUAAUCCAGGAUGAUCUGCUAUCCAUCAUCCUACGCUUCCGCACAUUUCCUGUGGCAUUGGUGGCGGACAUUGAGAAAAUGUACCGCCAGAUACUCCUACAUCCAAAUGACACCCCAUUUCAACGCAUUUUAUGGAGAUUCAAUGCGUGUGAUCCCAUUUGUACAUACGAGCUGCAAACCGUUACCUACGGUCUUGGUCCAUCGUCCUUUCUCGCUACCCGAACACUACUUCAGCUUGCCAACGAUGAAGCAAUAUCGUAUCCAGCCGGUAGUGCGGCUCUCCGAAAAUCAUUUUACAUGGACGAUUUUAUUGGGGGAGCUCAGACUGUGGAAGAUGCCAUGAAGCUGCGACAGGAACUCAAUGAAUUGUUGGGAAAAGGAGGUUUCAAUUUACGAAAAUGGACUUCGAAUAAACUAGAAAUCGUACGAGGCUUACGAGAAGACCAAAUUGGUAUGCAAUCCACUAUGAAAUUCGACAAAGGUGAAACGGUAAAAGCACUGGGAAUAAGCUGGGAACCACAAAAUGAUCUGUUUCGAUUCGAUGCCAACAUCAAACGGGAAGAUGAGAUGAUCACAAAAAGAAAAAUUUUAUCCGCUAUCGCUCAGUUGUUUGAUCCUUUGGGUUUGAUAGCUCCUGUCAUCAUUCAAGGAAAAAUUCUUAUGCAACUCAUUUGGAUGGAAUCAUGUGGAUGGGAUGAUGAAUUACCUUCAGGCAUUGUGGUGAAGUGGAAAAACUUCUACGAACAUCUACCAUCAUUGACAGAAUUCCGUAUAAACCGUUACGCUAUGCUUCCGCGAUCAACAGUCCACCUACACACCUUUUCCGAUGCUUCAGAGUCAGCUUAUGGCGCUUGCACGUACGCAAGAUGUGUUGAUACCCAGGGCAACAUUUCCGUCCAACUACUAGCAGCGAAAUCCCGUGUUGCUCCUCUCAAGCGAAUAAGCCUCCCACGACUAGAAUUAUGCGCAGCAACUCUCGGCGCAAAACUCCAUGCCAGAGUUCAGCAAGCACUGCAGAUCGAAAUCUCUUCCUCUUACCUUUGGUCAGACUCUACUGUGACCUUGCAAUGGAUAAAGGCUCCACCAAAUACCUGGAAAACAUUUAUUGCGAAUAGAGUGUCGGAAAUCCAGAAUAUGACGCGCGUGUCGCAAUGGAAUCACGUCGCAGGAAAGGAAAAUCCCGCAGACCUUGUAUCACGCGGCAUGAGAGCGGAUGAAUUCAUAGACAGUGCCGCAUGGAAGCAUGGUCCACCUUGGCUAGCGUUACCUGAAAAUCAAUGGCCAAGAUCGAAUAUCACAAACUACCCUGAAAACGGAAAGGAACGAAGAAAAAAUGUUGUCGCAUUAUCCGCAACACAAUCAACAUGCAACGAAUAUUUCUCCAGAUUUUCUAGUUAUAAUCGUCUCCUUCGAGUUACUGCAUAUUGUCUCCGAUUUAUCAGAUGCCUCCAAUCCAGAAUAGUUCCUCAGUCAACAGCAAUCAGCAUUCCUACUGACUUGUGUCUUUCGGUAGAAGAACUAAACGCAGCUCAAUCGACCCUCAUCAUACUUACCCAAGCAGAUGCUUUCAAAGAAGAAAUCCGUGACCUAAAAGCAAACCAAGCGGUAUCCAAUCAUUCAAAAACACGACUGUUAUGCCCUUUCCUUGACCCUGAGGGAAUCAUAAGAGUGGGAGGGAGGUUGAGGUUGUCCGAUCAGUCCUACAUCACAAAACACCCAAUAUUGUUGCCCAGUUUCCAUCCCUUCUCUCGCCUACUUGCAACGCACUACCACCUGAAACUCAUCCACGGUGGCGGCCGCCUCACACUCUCUACAAUGAGCGAAAAAUACUGGCCCAUAAAUAGAAGACGACUAGUCCGUAGCGUGAUUCGCGGAUGCUAUCGGUGCGCCCGAGCUAAUCCCGUUCCUGAAAACCAAAAAAUGGGACAGCUGCCCAUUCAUCGCAUAACUCAAAGCCGUCCGUUCUCGAGCACUGGAGUGGACUAUGCUGGUCCAAUAUAUUUGAAGCCCACCCACAGACGUGCAGCCGCCAUGAAAGCAUACAUAAGCAUAUUUGUCUGCUUUUGCACGAAAGCAGUCCAUAUAGAACUCGUCAGUGAUCUUACUACUCCAGCUUUCAUAGCCGCAAUACGCCGAUUCGUCGCUCGCCGAGGACGCCCUGCCGAGAUUUUCUCGGACAAUGGAAAGAACUUCGAGGGGGCGAAAAACCACCUAGCAGAAGUUCACCGUUUAUUACAACAAUCAUGCGAACACAUUUCCACCGUCUGCACGAACGAAGGCAUCACUUGGCACAUGAAUCCACCUAGAGCACCGCACUUCGGCGGGCUCUGGGAAGCUGCCGUGAAAAUCGCCAAAAAACAUCUGUAUCGCCAGCUGGGAAAUACUCGUCUGUCAUUCGAGGAUAUGUCUACGGUGCUCACUCAAAUCGAAGCUGCAAUGAACUCCCGUCCUUUGGUUCCGAUGUCUGAAGAUCCCAACGACUUCGCCUGCCUAACACCGGCUCACUUCCUGAUUGGAACCACCAUGCAGACAGUAGCUGAAAUCGACGUCAGAAAUCUCCCGUUGAACAGACUCGAUCACUAUCAAAAAAUGCAACAAACCUACCAACAAUUUUGGCACCAUUGGAGAAAGGAAUAUCUCCAAGAAAUGCAACGAUGCACCACCAGAAGGAAACCAAACAACGAAUUCAACGUAGGCCGUCUUGUACUCGUUGUGGAUGAAUUUCAACACCCAGUCAAAUGGUCACUCGGCAGAAUCCUUUCAGCGCAUCCAGGUCCAGAUCAGCUCAUCCGAGUGGUAACACUGCAAACAGCUCGAGGAAUACUUAAACGACCGAUAACGAAGAUUUGUUUGUUACCUUAUGAUGCACCAGAGAUGGAAGCAGCGAACAAUGUUUAA